GCAAAACGAGAUUUAUCAGGAUACAACUAUGCCGCCAUUUCUUCCCUGGUUUUAACAGCUGACCGUUCUGCUCUUCCACGUCGUGAUAAGGAGCCGGAUGGCGCACCAACAUCACUUGCCGGUCGCAUCGACCCCAGGGAGAUGGGCUCUCGGGUGCAACGGGAAGUACCAAAAGAUCUUCAAAAGAAGAAGAAAAGGGCGGCAGAGACUCAGGAUGGCUCGGAAAAGAUUUCGAAACGACGCGCCGCCGAGACAACCGGUUAUGGGUACACCGACAUUAUCGAGGCGACACAGGACGUGGAGGGGUUGACAUACCGACCUCGUACUGCGGAGACACGCGAAGUUUAUGAGCUCAUUCUCUCCUCAGUUCAUCAGGCACUCGGUGACCAGGCACAAGAUGUAGUCCGCUCUGCCGCGGACGCAGUGCUUGAGAGCUCGAAAAACGAGAACUUGAAGGACUUCGACAAGAAGAAGGAGAUUGAAGAGGUGCUUGGCCCCAUCUCGAACGACCAAUUCUCGACGCUGCUCAACCUGUCGAAGAAGAUCACGGAUUAUGGCGUAGAGGACGACGCUAUGGUCGACGCGGACAUGGAGAAGAGGGCCGGAGAGAUUGACGAGGAGAUGGGCGUUGCAGUCGUCUUUGAUGAGGAAGAGCAGGAGGAAGAGGACGAAGAGGGGUACGAGGUUCGGGAGGAGUCUGACGAAGAUGAAGAGGAGGAGAGGGCAGCCGAGGCUCCGGAGAGCUUGGAGAAUGAAGAAGAGCUGUUCGUCGGCGGAACUUCCGCAGCGCAAGAAGGACAGUCAGAAUCGAAGGCAGACAAGGACAUUGUCUCUCCACACUCCAUCGACGGCUUCUGGGUUCAGCGACAGGUCGCAGAGGUCUAUCCCGAUCCCGUAACCGCUGCAGACAAGGCGGCAGCUGUUCUCACCAUCCUUGGCUCUGAGUCGAAUCUUCGAGACUGCGAGAAUCAGCUCAUGGAGCUGUUCGACUACCAGAGCUUCCACGUCAUCACCAAGUUUCUCAAGAAUCGCGAUGUCAUCGUUUGGUGCACGAAACUCGUUCGCAGCGACGCCGAAGAGCGAGUCAACGUCGAAGUUACGAUGCGUGAGAAGGGUCUCGGUUGGAUCCUGCGCGAGCUCGCUGGCGAUCGCAAAGCAAAGCCGAAGGCAGAGGACGCUAUGGACGUUGAUGAGAGAAUAAAAAUUCAAGCAGUACCGAAGACGGCGACGCUCGCUCCUGGCUCAACAGUGCAGCCGAAGAAGACCGUUGACCUCGAAGGCAUGGCUUUCAGCCAGGGUGGACACCUCAUGUCGAACAAGAAGUGCAAGCUCCCCGAAGGUUCCUUCAAGCGUGCUCGCAAGGGCUACGAGGAAAUCCACGUUCCGGCUCCUAAGAAGCCUUCCGUCGACUCUUCCGAAUUUGUCCCGAUUACCGAGCUCCCUGCUUGGGCGCAAGAAGGUUUCAAGGGCAUCAAGAACCUCAAUCGCGUUCAGAGCAAGCUUUUCCCCGUUGCUUUCGGCACAGACGAACCGCUGCUUCUCUGUGCACCUACUGGCGCCGGAAAGACUAACGUCGCUAUGCUCACCAUCCUGAACGAGCUAGCAAAGUACAGAGACGAAGAGACAGGCUCGUUCGACUUGGACGCAUUUAAGAUUGUUUACGUCGCUCCCAUGAAAGCCCUAGUUCAAGAGAUGGUCGGCAACUUCAGCUCUCGUCUCGGCGUAUUCGGCGUCAAGGUCGGCGAGUUAACCGGCGAUUCGCAGAUGACGAAGCAGCAGAUCGCGGAGACACAAAUCAUCGUCACGACCCCAGAGAAGUGGGACGUCAUCACUCGCAAGAGCACAGACACCAGCUACACUAACCUCGUCCGCCUCAUUAUCAUCGACGAGAUUCAUUUGCUGCACGAUGAGCGUGGGCCUGUUCUGGAGUCUAUUGUGGCAAGGACUGUCCGUCGAAUGGAGCAAACUAGCGAGUACGUCCGUUUGGUUGGUCUCUCGGCGACGCUUCCAAAUUACGAGGAUGUCGCGACUUUCCUUCGCGUGGAUCGCGACAAAGGCCUGUUCUACUUCGACUCCUCAUACCGUCCCUGCCCGCUUCAACAGCAGUUCGUUGGUGUCACCGAGAAGAAAGCCAUCAAGCGAUAUCAGGUCAUGAAUGAGGUUUGCUACGAGAAAGUCCUCGAUCAGGCUGGAAAGAACCAAACGCUCGUUUUCGUCCAUUCACGGAAGGAGACUGCGAAGACUGCGAAGUUCAUCCGAGACAUGGCCAUCGACAAGGAGACGAUCACCCAGUUUGUGAAGCCUGAGGGCGCGACUCGCGAAAUCUUGCUCGAGGAAGUUAAUAACGUUAAAGACCCGAACCUCAAGGAUCUCCUGCAGUUUGGCUUCGGUAUCCACCACGCCGGUAUGUCGCGUGAGGACCGUGGUCUCGUCGAAGAACUUUUCGCAGAUGGCCAUCUUCAAGUACUUGUCUGUACCGCGACACUCGCUUGGGGUGUCAACCUUCCCGCGCACACCGUCAUCAUCAAAGGCACGCAGAUCUAUAACCCCGAGAAGGGUCGUUGGGUCGAACUGUCUCCGCAGGAUGUCCUCCAGAUGCUCGGUCGCGCUGGUCGCCCUCAGUACGACACGUUCGGCGAGGGCAUCAUCAUCACCAACCACUCAGAGCUCCAAUACUACUUGAGUCUCAUGAAUCAGCAGCUCCCUAUUGAGUCGCAGUUCGUCUCGAAGCUCGCGGACAACCUCAAUGCUGAGAUCGUCCUCGGUACUAUUCGCAAUCGUGACGAGGCCGUACAGUGGCUUGGGUAUACCUACCUCUACGUCCGUAUGCUCAAGGACCCGGUGCUGUACAGCGUUGGCGCCGACUACCAAGAGGACGACCCCGCGUUUGUCCAGAAGCGUGCGGAUAUCGUACACACGGCAGCCGCGCUCCUUGAGAAGUGCCAUCUCAUCAAGUACGAACGUGUGUCGGGCCGCUUCCAAAGUACGGAGCUCGGUCGUAUCGCGUCAUAUUACUACGUGACGUACAACUCGAUGGCCGUCUACAACCAGCACCUGCGGCCGACUAUGUCGAUGAUCGAGCUCUUCCGUGUCUUUGCGCUAUCAAACGAAUUCAAGCUGAUUCCCGUGCGGCAGGACGAGAAAAUUGAGCUCAGCAAGCUCCUCGAACGAGUUCCUAUCCCGGUGAAGGAAGGUGUCGAGGAACCCGCCGCGAAGAUCAAUGUUCUUCUUCAGACCUACAUUUCUCAACUGAAGCUCGAAGGCUUUGCGCUCGUCGCGGAUAUGGUAUACAUUCAGCAGUCUGCCGGACGCAUCAUUCGCGCCAUUUUUGAGAUCUGCUUGAAGCGCGGAUGGGCGGUGCCCGCUAAGGCCGCUCUGGAUCUUUCGAAGAUGAUCGAGAGGAGAAUGUGGGGUUCAAUGACGCCUUUGCGUCAGUUCAAGGGUAUUCCGAGGGACAUCGUCCGGAAGGCGGAGAGCAAACAAUUCCCAUGGUACCGCUACUUCGACUUGAACCCACCAGAAAUCGGCGAGCUUAUUGGUAUCCAGAACGCUGGAAAGCUUGUCCACCGUCUGGUCCAUAGUUUCCCGAAGCUCCAGCUACAGGCCCAAGUCCAGCCAAUUACUCGCUCCCUCCUCCGCAUCGACCUGACGAUUGUUCCCGACUUCCGAUGGGAUGAGAAGAUCCACAGCGGCGCUGAGGCGUUCUGGAUCAUCGUCGAGGAUGUAGAUGGCGAGAUCAUUCUCUUCCACGACCAGUUUGUCCUCCGUCAGCGCUAUGGCGAGGACGAGCACAAUGUCACUCUUACUGUCCCAAUGUUCGAACCUGUCCCCCCCAACUACUAUAUCUCCGUCGUCUCCGACCGGUGGCUUCACGCUGAGACUCGCCUGCCCAUUUCCUUUAAGCAUCUCAUCCUUCCUGAGAAGUUCCCGCCUCCGACGGCACUGCUCGACCUCCAGCCCCUUCCUCUUUCCGCGCUCCACAACAAGGAGUUUGAGAGCAUCUACUCCUCGACGCUCAAAACUUUCAACAAGAUCCAGACGCAGGUUUUCCAGGCGCUCUACACGACUGACGACAACGUCUUCAUUGGUGCACCAACUGGAAGUGGAAAGACCGUCUGCGCAGAAUUCGCCCUACUUCGUCUCUGGAGCAAGCGUGAGCAACCUCGAGCUGUCUGCAUUGAGCCGUUCCAAGACAUGGUCGACCUGCGUGUGCAGGAGUGGAGGGCGAAGUUCGGCAAUUUACAGGGCGGCAAGGAGAUUGUGAGCUUGACCGGCGAGAGCAGCCAAGAUUUACGUCUGCUCGAGAAGGGCGAUCUGAUUGUCUGCACGCCGGCUCAGUGGGACAUACUCUCCAGGAGGUGGCGUCAGCGGAAGAACGUCCAGACCAUCGGUCUGCUUAUCGCCGACGAAGUCCAGCAGGUCGGUGGCGAAGUCGGCCCGACGUACGAGGUCAUCCUCUCUCGUACUCGCUAUGUCUCUGCCCAGACAGAUAUCAAGACCCGUAUCGUUGCCUGUGGUGUCUCGCUUGCGAACGCCCGGGAUCUCGGAGAGUGGCUCGGUGCACCAUCACACGCGAUUUUCAACUUCCCUCCAAGCGCCCGCCCUCUGGAUAUGGAUAUCCACCUGCAGAGCUUCAACCUCCCUCACUUCCCCUCGUUGAUGAUCGCGAUGUCGAAGCCUGCCUACCUCGCCAUCGUCGAGCAUUCGUCUACGAAGCCCGUCAUCAUCUUUGUCCCAUCGCGCCGUCAAUGCCGUCUCACUGCCGAUGAUCUCAUCACCCACUGCGGCGCAGACGAGGACCCUAAGCGGUUCCUCAAUGUCGAGGAAGACGAUCUCCAGCCUCACCUCAAUCAUCUCAGCGACCAGGGUCUCGUCGAGACUUUGAAGCACGGUGUCGGUUACUACCACGAGGCGCUUAAUAAGCAGGACAAGCGUAUUGUCCAACGGCUCUUCGAGUCGGGCGCCAUCCAGGUACUCAUUGCAUCUCGGGACAUAGCUUGGAGCCUGCCCGUGGCAAGCUACAUGGUUAUCAUCAUGAGCGUGCAGUAUUACGAGGGCAAGGAGCACCGCUACGUCGAUUACCCUGUGAUGGACGUCCUUCAGAUGAUGGGCCGCGCUUGCCGACCGAUGGAGGACGAUCGCAGCCGCUGCGUACUCAUGUGCCAGCAGACGCGGAAGGAUUUCUACAAAAAGUUUUUAGCCGAAGGCCUGCCCAUCGAGUCUCACCUCCCGACCCACAUGCUCCACGACUACUUCUUGUCUGAGAUAGCCGUCAAAACGAUCGAGAACAAGCAAGACGCAAUGGACAUUCUCACCUGGACAUACUUCUACCGCAGGAUGACGCAAAACCCGAACUACUACAACCUGCAUAACGUCAGCCACCAGCAUCUGUCAGACCACUUGUCGGAGCUGGUCGAGAAUACACUCAACGACCUUGUCAACUCGAAGUGUAUCACAAUCGAGGACGAGAUGGAUGUCUCGCCCUUGAACUUGGGUAUGAUCGCGGCGUACUACAACAUCUCAUACGUCACGGUCGAGGUGUACACCUUGUCGCUCAAGGAGCGCACGAAGCUCAAGGGCUUGCUGGAGGUUGUAUCGUCGUCGGCGGAAUUCGAGUCGGUUCCUAUCCGUCGGCACGAGGACGUCCUACUCCGCCGCAUUUACGACCGCGUGCCUGUCAAGCUCGACCGCGCCGACUUCGAUGCUCCUCACUUCAAGACUUUCCUGCUGCUGCAAGCACAUUUUUCGCGCAUCCAGCUGCCGCCAGAUCUCGCUGCCGACCAGGUUCUUGUCAUCGAGAAGAUCCUCAACCUGCUCUCCGCAUGUGUCGACGUCAUGUCUUCGAACGCCUGGCUCAACGCCCUCGGCGCUAUGGACUUGUCGCAGAUGUGUGUACAGGCGUGCUGGGACAAUGACUCACCACUCAAGCAGAUCCCUCACUUCGAGCCCGAUGUGAUCAAGCGAUGUAAAGAGGCUGGCGUCGAGUCCGUCUACGAUAUCAUGGAGAUGGAGGAUGAUAAGCGCAGCGAGCUGCUGCGGAUGGAUGCGCGGCAAAUGCGCGACGUUGCGAUGUUUGUCAACUCGUACCCCACCCUCGACGUCUCGUUUGAACUUGCGAAGGGCGAGUACACCGCGGGCUCACCGAUUUACAUCACAGUCGCGCUCUCGAAGGACGCCGAUGAGGAAGACCUUGGCGACGAUCAGGUCGUCGCGCCAUUCUUCCCCGUCAAGAAGAUGGCGAACUGGUGGCUCGUCGUCGGCGACCCGAUCUCGCGCACACUGCACUCAAUCAAGCGUGUGACAGUGACGAAGAGCUUGGCGAUGAAACUCGAGUUCACGCUACCCAAAGGCACGCACAAGCUCAAGCUGUACGUCAUCUGCGACUCGUACAUGGGCGCGGACCACGAUAUCGACCUCGAGCCGAUCGAUGUCGCUGAGGGCGAGGAAAGUGACAGCGACGAGGAGAUGGAGAGCGGCGACGAGAUGGAGGAGUGAAAAUGUCUGCCUAGACAACCUUAGGGUGUUCUGGUUCCGCUACCGUGAUAUUACAGUACUUCUAUACGCAUAGCUUGCAACGUGUAAUUUUUAUGCUAAAAUGUACUAUAGACA